AUGUUGGUAGAGAUCGGCAUUCUGCCAGGUUACGUGGAUCCUCGUUAUCGUAGGAAAAAACGGAGAUGUAAGUACCCGGCAGGAUCGAAAAGAAAGGCGAAAUGGCGCGCCCUUCUUCGAAAAUACAGGAGAAGGAGAAAGAGAAAGAGAAAAGCAAAGACUCUGAAAACGAAAAGUUCGACCACAUCGAAAACUUCUAAAUCAUCUGUUUCACCUGCCGAGAAAGCAGAAAAAGAUAAAAGAAACGAGCUGAAAAAACGAAAAAAAAUUAGAAAGAAGAAGGUGAGACAAAGAAAACACAGACUUCGAAGACAUCUCCCAGGCUCUAAAGAGCGAAAACUUCAACUGAUAGGAAAUAUAAUGAAGGGAAUGACAACAGAAAUGAUUGAGGGAAGAUUGAACUAUUUGAGAAGAAAAAGAAAAGAGAUUCUGUUCAAAUUUCACAAAGCUCGUGCUAUGACUUGUGCUCCGAAACGAAAAGCAAUUCGACAUUUCAAAAAAUGUUUCAAAAAGGCAAGACAUAAGAAGAAGAAGUAUAGAAGAUAUCGGAGAAAACUUCAAAAAUUGGCAAAGAGAAAAGGUCUAACUGUAUGGAGAAAGUGUCAAAUCCCGAAAAAACCGAAAGUGUCAAAGUCAGGAGCAAAAGUAAACUCUGUGACUCCUGUGAAGCCGAAAAAACCUUCGAAACGUGUGGAAUAUCAGAGACAAUUUCCAAUUAAACCAACUCUUAAUGCAAUCGAGAUGAAGUCUACUGAGAAGCAUAUAAAACAAAAGGAUAGAGUGGAUGUCGACAAUUUAUAUAUCGCCACAAAUGAAGACGUGAUUGGAAACUACGGGCAAGUUACUUGCCAAGUUCGGUAUACACAGCCCGAGCAGAACGUGAAAGCAACUUUCCGGUGGCAAUGUUCAAUUUCUUUUGAUAAAUGUGGUUCGAAAGAAGCUCAAAUCCUCGCUCGUCUCGCUCAAAUUAAUUCACGAAACUCAAUGAGAUUAUUGUUUCAUGGGCAGUACCUGAAUUUGCAGUAUUGGAUCACAACAGUGAAUCGAAAAGAAUUGAGUUCUGUUAUCAAGGAAAAGAUGGACAUUUCAGCUUAUGUUCAUAUCAUUCAGCAGACGUUUUACUGUGUCAAAGACUUGCAUAAGGUCGGUUACUGUCAUCUCAAUAUCAGUCCUUCGUCGUUUUCCUAUUCAUCUUCCGAUAGCCUCAGCUUUGUUUUCAACAAUUUCGAAUUUGCAAAUACACGUGAAUCUCUGAAGAAAAAACCCGAAAUGCAAAAUGAUAAAUUGAGAAGAUUGAAGAAAGAAUUCAGAAGAGAGCGUCUUCCUAAAAAUCCUGUGAAUCCUUACAUGUCAAGAAGGCAACAUUUUCGAAUGGCAACUGGAACAGCUGAUGAUUAUGAGUCAUGGUUUUACGUCUGUGCAAGAAUUUUGAAUGAGGAACCACUAGAAUGGGAAAAAGAUAAUGAUAUGGAGCAUACCACGAUGGCAUUGGCUAAAUAUAAUUUUAUAAAGAAGUUGUCAUAUCGGGAUCCACUGACUGAUUUGAAGAUGAAACACAUCAAUCAAUACUGUAUGGCAGCCACAAAUAAAAAUGUGUACCAGACUGCUUAUUUCAUUGAAAGAAUUAUCCAAGAUUGGGUUGAUCGGAAACCAAUGAAACUGCCAGCUCCAUGGCAAAGAGAGGCGGAUAUUGGGGCGAAAGCGGAUUAUGAGGAAUGGCUGAAGAAUAAUCCAUGGAUGAAGCCACGGCCGGAGAGAAAGAUUGAGUUUUGA